CCGAGGACCUACGGUCUGUUAUCUGGGCUCCGCGACCGGCGCAUUCUUCCUUCCCCGGGGUAAACUCCCUGGCUAAGGAAUUGGUUCCAAACCCAACGGAAUCCAGCGCCCGGCGACGCCGGGUCACGUGACCGGCGGCCCCAUGACGUGCGGGCUACGGGGCGUCAGCGUGACGUUCGGGCGACCUGCCGAGUGGCCCCAGUACCUGCGUCACCUGUGUGGCCGCGGUGCUGUCAUGGACCUUGGGCCGAUGCGCAAGAGUUACCGCGGAGACCGAGAGGCAUUUGAGGAGACCCAGCUGACCUCCUUGGACCCCGUGAAGCAGUUUGCUGCCUGGUUUGAGGAGGCUGUUCAGUGUCCUGACAUAGGGGAAGCGAAUGCCAUGUGUCUGGCUACCUGCACCAGAGAUGGAAAACCGUCUGCCCGCAUGGUGCUGCUGAAGGGCUUCGGCAAGGAUGGCUUCCGCUUCUUCACUAACUUGGAGAGUAGAAAGGGAAAAGAGCUGGACUCUAAUCCCUUUGCUUCCCUUGUCUUCUACUGGGAGCCCUUAAACCGUCAGGUGCGCGUGGAGGGUUCCGUGAAGAAGCUACCCGAGCAGGAGGCCGAGAGCUACUUCCACUCCCGCCCCAAGAGCAGCCAGAUUGGGGCAGUGGUCAGUCGCCAGAGUUCCGUGAUCCUGGAUCGGGAGUAUUUGAGAAAGAAAAAUGAGGAGCUGGAGCAGCUCUACAAGGAACAAGAGGUGCCAAAGCCAAAAUACUGGGGUGGCUACAUCCUGUACCCACGGGUGAUAGAGUUCUGGCAAGGCCAGACCAACCGCCUGCACGACCGGAUCGUCUUUCGACGGAGUGCACCCACAGAAGUCUCCCCUUUGGGGCCCAUGACCCACCGCGGGGAGGAGGACUGGCUCUUUGAGAGACUUGCACCCUGAUCCCCAGUCCACUGGUGCCAGCUGGAGCUGGAGCUGGGGCUGGCAGCUAAGAGAGGGUGUGAAUGGGGAGUCAGGCCCGUCUAAACUCAACCGAGUUCCCUCCCCACCCCUUAUAUUUAAGGCUCUUCAGAGUCUAGGCUACCAAAUCUGUACUUAGCUGGCUCUCAGUUAGCUGGUCUUGUGAAGUGUAGCAAGGGCAUAGAGAAUCAUAAAUGGAAAAUAAUCCCAUCGUUGUUUCUUGACUUUGACUAUGAUUUUUUUGGAAUAGCUCCCUCUAGAGGUAGCAGCUGAUGUGGUUGCCUUUUCUGGUGACAUCUGGGGUCCCCCAGUAGCCCUGUCUGUUUUCAGGUGACUGACUCGUACUGGCCAAAGCUGAUUGGUCCCGGCAUAAAGCCCUGAGCCAAUCUAACCAAUCGGUUUUUCUUGCCAACAAUUUGAAAUGUAGGACCCAGAGCAUGGGAAUCAUUGUAGCCAAGUCAUUAAUGGCAGCCAAGAAAGAACAGCCUCUGGCUGCCGCCCUUGCAAUCCCCGAGUGACCCUGGAUUCCCUCCUUCCCACUUCUGGACUGUGCAAUUCCUUCUCCUGCGUUAAAGCACCCACUAUCUCCGUUAGAAAAAAAAUUUGCCUCAUACUGGCUAGAAUUGACUUGUUACUUGUAACUAAAAGAACCUUAACUAACUCAUUUACUUGUAGGAUAUUUUUAUAGCACUUACCCUACUGAUACUUGCCUUCCAUUAUCAAAAGCGCAACAAUGUGGAAAAAGAUUAGGUUUAUUCUCUGUAGCUCUGAAGGACCGGUAGGUGGAAGUUACACAGAAGUGCUCAUCUCAAUAUGGAGAGGGAUUUCAAACAAUCAGGGUUGCCUAAGAGGAAGUAGUUACCUAUUAGAUAGUGAGGGUUCUGUUACUAGAAGUAUUCAGUCCCAGUCAAUCAGGAGUUUUGUACAGAGAUUCAUGUGUUGGUAUCUACCAGCCAAAGAUUAAAAUCCAGCUUUCCUCUCCACAACUGUUUCUGAGCACUAUAAGUGUGUGUAUGUGUAUGUAUACAUACAUAUAUAUUUUAUAUCUAGAUAAAAAAUUAAAAGCUCCCCAGGGAAUUCUCUGCAGCCAAGGCUGAGAACCCUAAUCAAGAUCCUUGCCACUUGCAGUGUGUGCCAUGGGCCAGCAACACCUGUAGCACUUGGGAUCCCACCCCAGACCCACAGCAUCCCAUUCAGCAUUUAACAAACCCCACAGGUGACCAGAGGCACUGGCCUCAAUUUCUAGACUGACAACCUCCCACCCUUACAAACUGGAUUCUUCAAUAACCUUCAGCCGAAGCCUGUGUAAACUGGGUUUGCUUUCCUUGGGUGCACAUCUGGUGACCAGGGACAGCCUGGAUGAGUGGCCUACAAGCCGUGGAGAGGAGCCAGUCUGGGUAAACGUUCACUGGGACUAAGCUAGUAUCAGAGAACUAUUAUCCAAGAGUGUUGGCAGUGAACUUGCCGCUCUGUGAGCCACUCCAUUCCACGGUAUGGGAUUGUGCUUCAGUGCCUGUUACUGACGGGCAGCUCCUGCAGGGGCGGCCCUCUCAGUGUUGGUGCCCCCGUAAGCCUGAGUGCAGAAGGCACAAUGCUAACCCUGUGGCCACCUGCAGAAGAGGGUGCUGGGUGCCCUUCACUACCUUGUCCUGUGUUAGAGGGCUGUGUGUCCCCCCAGCUUUGAGCCUGGUCUCAGCUGUCCCAUUACCUGUUCGCUGUCUGACAAUCACUAUGCCAAGUCUAUAAUAAAAGCUUGUCAACUGGG